AGUGUACUUUGCUCAGCAGGGAGGGGCUUGUGGUUUCUUUAGAAAGUGUAGACUUAAUAAUUGCUACAAUUCGAGGGCCACGUUCCUUUUAUGUCUGUAACAAUUGCAAAUACAAUGUAACUACAAAAACAACAAUCGUUAUUGAAGAAUCAACGAUAUCGAACGUGGGGUAAAAAGGCGGUUUAUAUCAAAGCGGAACCAGAAAGGCUCUCGCUCGCAUCCAUCCAGCCUCAGAGUGCAAUCAGAGAUACUAAAAGCCUCUACAUCAAAUAUUGUCCCUAUAUAACCUAUAAUUCCAAUUACAUUUUGGUAACAAUAAACAAAAACGUAUAAAACAACAAUCCUUCCACCCGGCAACCAUGUCCCUGGCCCUAAAGCAAGUCUUCAACAAGGACAGGACAUUCCGGCCCAAGCGCAAGUUUGAGCCCGGAACACAGCGCUUUGAGCUACACAAAAAAGCACAGGCGUCCCUUAAUUCAGGCCUGGACCUGAAGCAGGCAGUGCAACUGCCGCAUGGUGAAGACCUGAAUGACUGGGUGGCUGUUCACGUGGUGGACUUCUUUAACCGCAUCAACCUCAUCUACGGCACCAUCAGUGAUUCCUGUACAGACCAGACCUGCCCCGUUAUGUCCGGUGGGCCCAAGUAUGAGUACCGCUGGCAGGACGAACACAAGUACAAGAAACCUACUGCUCUCCCUGCGCCCAAAUACAUGAGCCUACUAAUGGACUGGAUUGAGGUGCAGAUCAACAAUGAACAGAUCUUCCCCACUAAUGUCGGUACGCCAUUCCCCAAGACCUUCAUGCAAGUAGCGAAGAAGAUCUUAUCUCGUUUGUUCCGUGUUUUUGUCCAUGUCUACAUCCACCACUUUGACCGUGUGAGCCAGAUGGGAGCUGAAGCCCACGUGAACACCUGUUACAAACAUUUCUAUUACUUUGUUACUGAAUUGAACCUCAUAGACCACAAAGAACUGGAGCCUCUGAAAGAGAUGACAUCUCGGAUGUGCCACUGAAAAAAAAAAAGAGCGGACCCUCACAUUCCACACAGAUCAGAAGAACCACCCAAAUUAACAAUUAAAAAGUGUAUGAAACAGAAAGCUAACUUGCAAAGACUCUAUUUUUAUACACUUUUAAAGUACUGUUAUCUAUUUAGCGAGAGACAUCUCUGUAUUCUGAUGUGUUAGGCAUAUGGAGAAUAUUUUUUAUUAAAAAUCAGUAUUAACGAUUAUUUUUGUUUUUCCAAAUCUGUUUCUGAAUCAUUCCUUUUUUUUCUUGUCAUAAUCUAUAACAUACAGAUUAUAUUUGUGACUAUUUAUGUAUGUGGUUGAGAUAUUAAAACCAAUCUGUCUUGUCUGUGUAUCUCAUUGAUCCUGUUCUUGUUUGUUGGUUAUUGGUCAUGUUCUUCAGAAGUCAGCGGGGGUUUCAGUUACAUCUAGCACUGUAUUCAUUUUGACACACACAAAAAAAUUCCUAGUAGGUUCUGAUGAAACAGUAUGACUUGAUGUGCGGCGACUACUAGUUUUUAAAAAGAUAGUUCACCCAAAAUGAAAAUUCUCUCAUUAUUUACUCACUUUCAUGCCAUGCCGGAUGUGUAUGACUUUCAUUCUUCUGCAGAACACAAACAUUUUUAGAAGAAUAUCUCAGAACUUUAUGUCCUUUCAAUGCAAGUGAAUAGUGACCAAACCUUACAAGCUCCAAAAUAAAGGCAACAUAAAAGUAAUCCAUAUAUUCUGAAGCAAUACAAUCACUUUGGGUGAGAAACUGAUCAAUAUUUCAAUCCUUUUUACUAUGAAUCUCCACUUUUACUUUCAGAAUGUGAAAGUAGAGAUUUAUGGUAAAUAAAAGGACUUCAGAAACGGAUAUCUAUCUGUUAUUCACCCACACCUAUCAUAUCUCUUCUGAAGACAUGGAUUUAACCACUGGAGUAAUGUGGAUUACUUUUAUGCUGCUUUUAUGUUCUUAUUGGAGCUUGUAAGAUCUGAUCACCAUUCACUUGCAUUGACUGGACCAACAGAGCUGAAAUAUUCAUUAUAUGAAAAAAAAAAAAUAAUUGUGUUCAGCAGAAGAUACAAACACAUCUGGGAUGGCAUGAGGUUGAGUACAGGGAGAAUUUUCAUUUUGAUGUGAACUAUCCUUUAGAUUCAGCUGGUCUACCUUGGUAUAUAAUGUAUUUUAUGUUGCUUAAAUGAAAGACAAUUUUAAAGUUUUCCCCAACAGACUGUAUUUUCUGGUUUUGCUUUUAAUCUUAGAUCAUCUCCACAGUUAA